UUGAUACAUGGGACUGUAUUGCUUUCCAAUAAAACAAUGUUAACAAUGUACAAGCACCCGGAGAAGAGUCAGAAAAAUUUUGUAUCCUGCUGCUAUGCUUACAUUUCAGAAUGCCCCAGCCACAGGCCAGGUCCUGCGCUGUGAUGCCAUCGUGGACCUCAUCCAUGACAUCCGGAUCAUCUCCACCACCCGCGAGCUCUACCUGGAGGACUCCCCCAUAGAGCUGAAGAUCCAGGCCCUGGACUCUGAGGGUCCCCUGGAGGGCAGCUUCAGUCAGGGAGGUGAAGUUGCUGCUUGCGGAGGUGCUGAAGAGGCAGAACCCACCCGUGAGGUACCACAUUCCAUGAGGGACAGCAGCUGACGGCCCUUUGUGGCACCUACCCCUACCUACAUAGCCCCAGAACUCUUCCUGGGCCAGGGCUACCAAUGCCCCGCCAUGGAUGUUUGGAGCCUCGGAG